UUCCUAUAUAAACCCCAUUCAAUAAUUUCAAGAGAUAACAAAAAAAAAAGUUUAUGUGCAUGGAGACUACUAUUUCUAACACGGAAAACAAGUCCGUUUUCUCAAAAUUAAAAAACAAAUUUUCGUCGAAAAAGUCGAUGGCAAUCGACGAUACUACUAUUAGUCGUAUAAUUACGACUAGUAGUAGCGAAAAUAGCGAUCAAUUGGAGAGGGUAUUUACGUACUUUGACGAGGACGGAGAUGGAAAAGUGUCGCCAGCGGAGCUACGGAGGUGUGUGAAGGCGGUAGGCGGAGAUUUAACGACGGAGGAGGCGGAGAUGGCGGUGAGGCUAUCGGAUUCGGACGGAGAUGGGAUGUUAGGGUUAGAGGAUUUUAGUAAAUUGAUGGAAUUAGGAGAAAAGGAUAAUAAAGAGAGUGAGUUAAGAGGAGCAUUUGAGAUGUAUGAAAUGGAAGGAAGUGGCCAAAUUACCCCUAAGAGUUUGAAGAGGAUGUUGAGUAGACUUGGUGAGUCUAAAUCUAUUGAUAAUUGCAAAGCUAUGAUAAAAAGAUUUGAUCUUGAUGGUGAUGGAGUUCUUAGCUUUGAUGAGUUCAAAGUUAUGAUGAAUGGUUCAUAAAAUAGAGAGUUUUUAAAUUUAGAGAUCGAUCAUGUGUGUAUAUACUAUUCUUUGGUCUUUUCUUGGUUGAAGAGUUCCACGUCAAAAGAAGUUAGGUUCAAAUUUCAUAACAUGGUAAUAAAGCAAGACUCAUUCAUAAUAUAUAUGUUUAUCGAUGUUAGGAUUCUCAUAUUAAUUUUCCAAGGUCAGAUGUACUCUAGUCGUGUUUAGCUUUGGACGUAUUGAAUCUGAAGAGUUCAUAUCGAAUGUCAAAGAGAUGAGUGAUCUAACUAUAUGAUCUUUGGACAAUGAUAUGUUUUUUUCUUAACAAUCUUUUGGGUUGAGUUAGGUGCGAGAUCCAUUUAUUUUAACAUAUAACUAAAAUAAUGUUGAUUGAUAUAUUUUAUGUAUACAUUGUGUUGUUAUCAAGAUUUGCUACACAUUAAUUAUAA